UCGCUGUGUCGUUUGAUACAAUUCAAAAUCUGUUUAGUGUCGUUUGGUUUCUCGAUAGUUCAUUAGUAUGCCUUUCAACUUUCAUUCCUGGGAAAUUGAACCAAACGCCAAACAGUUCGACCAUUCCAAAUUUCGAGAGCCCGCAGUGAAGAUUUGGUUUAGGGUUUUUUCCUCUUAAGAUUAUGUACGAAUCGAGACUCUCCUCAGUUUCGGAUUACGCACAAUAGACAAUUUUGUGAGCUAAAAUUGAGUGCGGAUUUUGUCGGCUAAGUGAAACUGUUGUUAACAGAGCAAUUUAUGGCUAUGAAAAUAUUUACACUGGAAAUAGUGUAACUAAGAAUGCCGGGCAUCCCUUUAGUUGCUCGUGAAACCUCAUCUUUUGGGGUUGCAGCUAUACAAGAAGCACGGAUCAGAUGUGUUGUGAAGAUGGUUGUCUGCAUUUAUCUGCGGAAGAUGAAAUUGCUGCAGAAGAGAGUCUUUCGAUUUAUUGCAAGCCUGUGGAACUCUAUAACAUCCUCCAGCGUCGCGCUAUAAGAAAUCCAUCAUUUCUACAAAGAUGUUUGAACUACAAAAUACAAGAAAGGCACAAAAAGAGAAUACAAGUGACGAUUUCUCCCUUCAUGACUGUGAAUGGAAAUUCACUGUCUUGUAGUCUAUUUCCUUUGUACAUUUUAUUGGCAAGAGCAUUUUCUGACAUUGGGGUUCCGGAGUAUUCUGCAGUAUAUCGCUUUCGUCGAGCAUGUGUUUUGACCAACUUCUCUAGAGUUGAUGGAAUUACCCAAGCUCAAGCAAAUUUUGUUCUCCCUGAGAUUAACAAGUUGGCAUUGAAGGCCAAUUCUAGUUCACUUGCUAUCUUGUUUAUUAGCUUUGCUGGAGCCCAAAGUCCUUUGCAUGGAGAUGGAGUUGAUUUAACCAAAGGUCAUUUGGAAAAUGUUGGAGGAUGCUGCCUGCUAGGCACAAUACCACUGGAAUCACUCUAUAUGUCAUGGGAGAACUCUCCAAACUUGGGUUUGGGACAAAGGGUGGAGGUAACAUCUCAGGUUGACAUGAAAUCAUGCUUCUUAAAGUUAAAUUGUUUCAAUGACGACAAAUGCCUUUCAAUUCAAAUUCCAUAUAAUUCUGAAACUGUGAAUGUUUCACAGCGCAUUCAAGUCAACAUCUAUGCAGAAGAGGUUGGGGCUAAGGAAAAAUCUCCAUAUCAUUCAUACACAUUUGGUGACAUUUCUUCUUCAUCAUUAUCUCAUAUUACUAAUAUUAUUCGGUUGAGGACUGGAAAUGUCAUCUUCAACUAUAGGUAUUACAAUAAUAAGUUGCAAAAGUCUGAAGUAACUGAAAACUUCUCAUGUCCAUUCUGCUUGGUAAAAUGUGCAAGUUAUAAGGGUCUAAGAUAUCAUUUGCCUUCAUCACAUGAUCUCUUCAACUUUGAAUUCUGGGUAACUGAAGAGUUUCAAGCUGUAAAUAUAUCAGUGAAGAAUGAUAUCUGCAGAUCAGAGAUUGUUGCUGAUGGUGUUGAUCCAAAACAACAAACAUUUUUCUUUCGGUCAAAGAACCCAAAGCACAAAAGACACAAGAACCUUGUUCAAAAUGCAAAGCAUGUACAUCCAUUCAUCCUUGAGUCAAACUUGCGUGUUGGAGCCUCUUGUAUCCUAGAUAAGGCUGAUGAUGUGUGUAUCUCAGGUGGGAAGGAUUUGCCUAAUGCCAAAAUUGGUGCUGUAGCUGGUACAGAACAUGUUCCUUCUAGCUUUGAUGAUGUUGGGGUUUCAGGAUCUGCAGUACAAGCAUAUCCUGAUCCUGAAUGUGUUCAAUCGGCAUCUGGAAACAAUUUUGCACCCCCUGCAAUGCUGCAAUUUGCCAAGACAAGAAAAUUAUCUAUUGAACAGUCGGACCUGAGAAACCGUACCCUCCUUCACAAAAGGCAGUUCUUCCACUCUCAUAGAGCUCAGCCAAUGGCAAUUGAGCAAGUAUUGUCAGAUCGGGAUAGUGAGGAUGAAGUUGAUGAUGAUGUUGCUGAUUUUGAAGAUAGACGGAUGCUUGAUGAUUUUGUGGAUGUUACUAAAGAUGAGAAGCAAAUGAUGCACUUGUGGAACUCCUUUGUGAGGAAGCAGCGUGUGUUGGCAGAUGGUCAUAUCCCUUGGGCAUGCGAGGCAUUCUCAAGAUUGCAUGGGCAUGAUCUUGCCUGUGUCCCAGCCUUACUUUGGUGUUGGAGAUUGUUUCUGAUAAAAUUAUGGAAUCAUGGUCUCCUCGAUGCCCGCACGAUGAACAACUGUAAUAUUACCCUCGAGCAACAUCAAAAGCAGGUCCCAGAUCCUGUGAAAACUUAGAGAGAUGGUCCUUUCUGUUGGUGAUCAAUGAAUGAAUAAGCAAAGAGGAAAAGCAUCCUUAUCAUGUACUGAUAAUUGGGAAUCUUAGAGGUCUUUCCUACCUUCUUCUUCUUGUGAUAUUGUACCCCCAUGUUUUAGCUGAUAAAAUGAUUUCAAGGCACGUCCAUAUCUGGACAAUUAAGUAUUUGUUAUUGUUCAUUGUUUAUACUUGACAUUUCAAAAUCAUUAUGUCAUAAAAUAAUGUCGUCUUAUUGGCGGCAAUAACCCCGUGUACAAUAACCUAACUUAGUAACAGAUUCUUAAUUAGUUCUUUC